AUGAAUUCCUCAAUUGCUUUAAAAGGUUCCACAAGAAUAAUAACAGAGUUUUUUGAAUAUUGUGUUAAUUCUAUUCUUUAUCAGAGAGGUGUAUAUCCUGAAGAAGAUUUUGGUACUGUCAAAAAGUAUGAUCUAACAUUAAUGAAGACGCAUGAUGAUGAAUUGAAAUCAUAUAUUCGUAGGAUUUUAGGACAAGUUCACAAAUGGAUGCUUGGAGGUAAAUGUAACAAAUUAGUUAUUUGUAUUGUGGAUAAGGAUGAAGGUGAAGUGGUGGAACGUUGGGCAUUUGAUAUUGAAAGAAUAUCUGUUGAAAAUAAUGAAAAUGAAAAUAAUCAUAGUCAAUCAGAAUCUAAACUAUCAAAAGAAGAGAUUCAAAAAGAGAUUCGAGCAUUAAUUAGACAAAUUACUGCUAGUGUUACGUUCUUACCUGAUCUAUCCAAUAAAGGGCGUUAUACGUUUAAUGUGUUAGCAUAUACAGAUGCAUACGCUAGAGUGCCAAUGGAAUGGGGAGAUUCAGAUGGCAAAGAAAUUGAAAAUGGAGAGGUUAUGCAAUUCAGAAGUUUUUCUACCGGCAAUCACAAGAUUGGUGCACAAGUCAGUUAUAAAUAUUAA